AUGGGGCAAUUCCACUCAACAAGCCAUGGAGGCCCAGACGUACCCGAGGAACAAGUUAAGAAUGAUUAUUAUGAAUUACUUGGGUUACAGUGGGAUGCUUGUGAAGAAGAGAUAAAGAAGGCGUACAGAAAGAAGGCACUUGAGCUGCACCCGGAUAGAAACUACGGAAAUGUUGAGACCGCAACAAGAUUAUUUGCGGACGUACAAUCUGCUUACGAAGUCCUUUCGGAUCCUCAGGAGCGGGCGUGGUACGACUCCCAUCGUGAGGUCUUCCUGGGAAGCGGCGCCAGAACAGAAAGUGGUGAUUACUCCUAUAACACCCGAAUGACAACUACAGAUGACAUAUUCAAACUUUUUUCCAAUUUCAGUCCCCGUAUGGAAUUUUCGGACUCAAAAUCGGGGUUUUAUGGUGGUCUCCGUGAAACAUUUUCCCGGCUGGCUUGCGAGGAGAAAAUGGCAUGUCAAUGGGAAAACGUCGAAUACGUUGAUUACCCAACUUUUGGAUAUCGCGGUGACAGUUUCGAAGAUAUUGUACGCCCUUUUUAUGCUGUAUGGAGUAGUUUCUCCACAAAGAAAUCGUUUGCAUGGAAAGACGUAUAUCGUUACUCCGAGGCCCCAGAUCGUCGUGUGCGCAGGAUAAUGGAGAAGGAAAACAGGCGCUUAAGAGAAGAAGGAGUUCGAGAAUUCAAUGAUGCUGUGAGAUCGCUUGUCUCUUUCAUCAAAAAGCGAGACCUGCGAUACAAACCUAAUCCCCAAAGCGAAACACAACGCCAGGAAACUCUUCGCCAAUCGGCGGCAGCACAGGCUACCAGGUCGCGAGCAGCUAACCAAGCUAAGCUACGUGAAUAUAUUGCUCCAGAUUGGGCCAAAUCGGAAGAACUGCAAGAUUAUCAGGAUGACAGUUCCGAGAGUGAGGUGGAGCAAUUUGAUUGUGUGGCGUGCGACAAGAGUUUCAAAAGUCAACAGCAACUUCAAGCUCACGAGCGUAGCAAGAAACAUUUGAAAGCCGUCAAAGAUCUUCGUCGAGAGAUGGCAAUACAGGAUAAGCAGUUGGGUCUGCAAGGGAAUGAAAAUGGAAAUACUAUGUUUGAGGAUGCACAUCUGGUACAAACCAAGGAACACAUUGAUGACAACUGGAUGGCUACAGCUAAAUCAGGCCGUGAAUCAGAUGUACGUGAGUCUGAUGAUGUGAUUGCUGACAACCAAUCUGGCCGCAGGAGAUUUAUAAACUAUGGCUUAGAUCAGUUGGAAAAUCCUGAUAUCAGCGUUUCAGACAACGGUAUUAGCCAUGACCUUGAGUCGCAAUCACGUUGUCUUCUUACCAAGGAAGACGAUGGAAGCAUAGACACAGAUAAUGUGUUGGCUGGGAUGUCAUUGACCCCCGGGCAAAAGAACUCGCCUGAGAAAAUGGGAAAGGCCAAACAAAAACGUGCCAGAAAGGCUGCACAAAAGCAGACCAACCCUUCAGCGGACCUGACCUGUGCAAGGUGUCAUUCGGCUUUCAAUUCUAGGAGUCAGUUAUUCUCCCAUAUCAGAGAACUCGACCAUGCGCAGCCACUUCCCAAUGUUUCUAGGAAUAGGAAGUAG